GCUCUCACGUUUCCGGCCAGCUCAGCGCGUCAGCCCUGCGGUGUUGUCAGUGAGUCCGCCUGUCAGACUCCGGUACCCAGUCACCUGUAACGUGUAUCGGCCUGCGGAGAACCAGCCGGACAUCGCGGAGAGAUGGUGCUGCUGACGAUGAUCGCUCGGCUGGCUGACGGUCUCCCGUUAGCCGCCUCGAUGCAGGAGGACGAGCAGUUGGGUCGAGACCUUCAGCAGUAUCAGAGUCAAGCUAAGCAGCUCUUCAGGAAACUCAAUGAGCAGAGUCCCACCCGCUGCACCUUAGAGGCUGGCUCCAUGGCAUUUCACUAUUUCAUAGAGAAGGGAGUUUGCUAUCUUGUGCUGUGUGAAGCCAGCUUUGCUAAGAAGCUGGCCUUUGCUUACCUCGAGGACCUGCAGGCGGAGUUUCAUGAGCAGCAUGGAAAGAAGGUCCCCACUGUUUCCCGGCCCUACUCCUUCAUUGAGUUUGACACCUACAUCCAAAAAACCAAGAAGUCGUACAUUGACAGCCGAGCGAGAAGGAAUCUGGGCAGCAUCAACACGGAGCUCCAGGACGUACAGAGGAUCAUGGUGGCUAACAUCGAGGAGGUGCUGCAGAGAGGAGAGGCUCUCUCUGCUCUGGACUCCAAGGCCAGCAACUUGUCCAGCCUGUCAAAGAAGUACAGGAGCGACGCCAAGUAUCUGAAUACCCGCUCCACCUAUGCCAAGCUGGCAGCCGGUGGUGUGUUUUUCAUCAUGCUCAUUGUCUAUGUACGCUUCUGGUGGCUCUGAGCGAGAAAGGAGAGGAAGAGGAAAAGAGGUAUCGCAGUUGGAAAAAUGAGCUGCACAGAGUCUGCAGACACUAAAAAAACAGGAUACCUGCUCUUAAUGAGACUUUGCAGACAAACCACCGCCCAUUUUUGUUCUCACCUGUCCAUGGAUGUGGGAUCUGAAUAUACAUGAUCGCAUAAUAUUAUUAACCAUUAUUCAGCAAUGAGCUCAUAAUUGCCCUGGAGAUAAGUGGAAAUGAGUGAAUGUGUGUGUGUGGGAUGAUUGCUCCGUUUUUGUAGGUGAUGAAGAGAAAAACAAAUUUCCUGUUUUUGCGAGUUUCCAAAGCUGUACUGUACUGUAAUGGGACUGAUUUAAUCUUGCUUACUGUCUUAUGAUACAGAAAAACAGUCAAAAACAUAACUCUAUUUAUCCUGAGCACAUCAUAUGGGUAUCUGCAUUCAUUAGUAUUCUAAUCACAGUAGUGACGGCUUGACGGGCCUGGACAACAUACGCUAUGUACCACAGUCGCACGGAUUUUUGAAAAGAUGCCAUUUGUUCCUUUUGGUUUAAUCAGCUCAACAACAAAACAGGAAAAGAAAUUUAAGUAGACUGACCUUUUUUUUUUAUAUAUAUAUUGUAUGUCAGCCUUGAAAAAUGCUAUUCCACCCUUGUCCAAUUUAGCUUUUCUUUUCCCCAUAAGGGACUGUACUAAAACUAAUAGGUAGUCAGAAAAGUGGGAGGAGGAUGUAUUUUUUCUUAUUGCUGAAAGGAGGGUAGUCUGACAUUUUUUUUGGAGAGCAGAGGAGUUUCAUUUAAAGGCGCUUAAUUCAAAUUUCAGAGCAUUAAUAUUGCCGCAAACAACUAUUUGCAAGGUAAAGAUGUUGUGGAGUAAUGGCGUCCAGAGCAGGAAAAUGAAGUCACACUCCCUUUGUGUGUGUGUGUGUUGUAAUCCAAAACGUCUCUGUGCUUUGUUAACAUAGCCAGUCUGGCCACACGUGCAUGUUAGUGCAUGUGAGUCCCUGUGUGUGCCCCACGCCGCUGCUCCGCCCUCCGGUUAACGCCAAUAAUGCCGUUGUCACGUAAGCGUAGCGGCCACCCUCUGGCUCCCCCCCUCAGGUAAACACUGUUAGGUCUGACAGCACUGUUAGCUGCUCGCCGUCAGCUCCUCCGUCGCCAUGUUGAGACCCGACUAGAGGCCAUUCCUUAAUCAUUGAAGGGCUCUGAAUUUUAAAUUUAGCACCAUUUUAUAUUUCAGACUUUGAAUCAAAUAGUAACAAAAACAUUGUUUUAGUGUUCAUAGUGGGUCUUAAAGGGUCCCUUUAUCAUAUGCAGAGAACAACAAAAGGCCCUUUUUCACAGCAGCCAAUAUGACAUGGAAAUACACAGGUGUAAUUGACUGAAUUUGUUAUGGUCCUGUUCUUUUGAGUGUUUCGUAGCCACAGUGAGUCAGCAUGCACAUUAACAGGGCCCUGGCCGAUCUGAAUGGAACAGGACCAUAAUUAAUGUUCUGUAUUACCCCUGUGCUUACCCUGCUAUUACCCUUUAUUUUAUAUUUUCCCAUCACAGUCUAGCUUAAAGGAUAAAUUAUGAGAAACAAACAAUUAAUACUGAUUAAAUCAUUAUGUUACCUCCUUCACUUUAGCCUUCAUCACAACAAAAGUAAUGUGCCAUAAGUUGGCCAAUAUUAUUAUUAUUAUUAUUAUUAUUAUAUAAGUUUAGCCUAUUAUUUAGCAUGUCUUUAUUCAAAAAUAGAGGGUGGCCGGAAUAUUCAAUACCUUUUGUACAGUCCUAACCUGACCUCAGCAGAGUGUAUCCAUUCUCCUUUUACCCUCUCUUACACCGUGACUGUUUGGGCCAACUACUUUCUGUGACCAGUCAUACCAAAUAGAAAAAAUGUCUGAUUAAGGUUCUUCUUCAUUUUGUAUAAAGUGUCCACAUGUAGACUAAAUUUAAAAGUGAAUUCAGGCUGAGAGACACAGGUGCUCACGGCUCACAAAGGACACUUUUUCUUUUUCUGUUCUGUCUGCUAUCUAUGAAUAAAAUCAUUUGC